GCGGCCGUGUCUCCCUGCCCGCGGCAGUACUCGGGGCCGGCACGCAGAGCCUCCAGCCGACGACCUCCAUCAUCUUUCACUCACUUUGUACGUUAGCAGGCCGCGAAGGCCGCAAGGGAAGAGCGUUCCCGGGCCAAGGGAAGGUGGCUGCGGCUGUCAGCCCGGCCGGGCAGGCCGCGGGGAGCCGCGGCGGCUGCGAGGAGCGGCGGCGGGAAGAGAGGGCCCGGCCGGGCCCGCGUCGCCACGGCGACGGCGCGGGGCUGCUGCCAUGGCGGAGAAGGAAGGGAACGGCGAGGAUGGCGCAGUAGCUGAAAUUGAGAAAAAGAUUAUAGAAGCUUUUGAGGUGUUUGACCAUGAAUGCAAUAAAACUGUGGAUGUCAGAGAGAUUGGUUCAAUUGUCAGGUCACUGGGUUGCUUCCCAACUGAGGCAGAACUACAUGAACUGCUUGCAAAGGUAGAAGAAGAAGAACCAACCGGAUACAUUCAUCUGGAAAAAUUUCUUCCAGUGAUGACAAAAGUACUACUUGACAGAAGCUACCGGCCUAUUCCAGAAGAUGUUCUUCUACAUGCAUUUGAGGCUUUGGAUGAGCAUAAAUGUGGAUAUAUUACUAAAGAGGAGCUGGUCAAAUAUUUGACUAAAGAAGGUGAGCCCUUUACUCAGGAAGAAAUGGAGGACAUGCUCUCCACUGCUCUAGAUCCAGAAACAAAUUCUGUUCACUACAGAGACUACAUUUCAAUGAUGAUAGUAGAUGAAACUUAAGAUCUUCCCCUUUAGUGUUUGAGAUGCCUUUUGGUAACAGCAGUGUAGCUUGGCAGUUAGUUGAAAUAUGUAUUUUAAAGUAUAACAAAGCUCAGCUUGUGACUUUGUGCUUAUAAGUAAAAUAAAAUCUGUGUAGCUAUAUUUCCUUGGGUUCUGUAUACGUAUUGAAAUAUAUUCACACCUGGAAAAAGAGCUCUUAACAGAGAUACUGUGUAAGGUCUGGAAAAGAAAUCAUGGAAUUUGGUUUGAAAAUAACAGGAAAAAUUAUGUUAAUGGAGUCAAGAAAUGACUUUACAAUUGCUUCUGUAAAACUAAUGGAAAAUGAGACCUGUGAAAGCGGGUGAUAAGUAGGUAAGUGAGUACCUUAAGAUGACUAAAAUUGUGAAGCCGUGCUUUAUAUUUAAAUGUAAUCCCUGUUUGUGUUUAACUAAUAAGGCACCAGGUAGGUUACUCCUUUUGAAAUAAUAUAACAAAUCAAAUAAACUUUCUACAGUUUCUA